UGAAAUUUAGCAUUGUUGUUAAGUAACUCGAAGAGUUUAAAUCAUAGUUCUUAAGUGAAAUAAACUAAUUUUAAAACAUGAUGGGACUUAAGCUUUACUUUGUCGUGUUGGUUUUUAUUGGAUACGUAAGUGGCCAUGGAAUGAUGUUGGAUCCAGUAAACCGUGCAUCCCGCUGGAGAGAAGAUAAGACUGCUCCCGCAAACUAUGACGACAAUGGUCUAUACUGUGGUGGAUAUGCAGUUCAAUGGUCAGCUUAUGCUGGAAAAUGUGGACUCUGUGGAGAUAGCUACGGUGACCAAGUUCCAAGAGCUCAUGAACUUGGUGGAACAUAUGGUCAAGGAACAAUUGUUAAGAAAUACAAUGCUGGACAAGAAAUCAAUGUUUCAGUUAAAGUUACACAAAAUCACAAAGGAAAAUUCAUUUUCGAACUUUGUGACUUGGAUUCACGAAAAUCAGAAUCAGAAGAAUGCUUCAAAGCUAAUCAACUCAAACUUAAAUCAGGAGAAUCUGAGUAUUAUUUGAACUCUGAUGACAGUAAGGUCUAUAAUGCCACAUUAGUAUUACCAUCAAAUGUUAAAUGUAAACAUUGUGUUUUGAGAUGGACUUAUUUGACCGCUAAUUCUUGGGGAACAUGUGAUGACGGAACUGGAGCUAUUGGUUGUGGACCACAAGAGCAAUUUAAAAACUGCGCUGAUGUAGCAAUUAAUUAAAUCAAAAUUAUAAACUAUUUCGAAAAAUCGUCCCAACAAAAACUUACAUAGACCAAAGUAGGUACAAUAAGCUUACUGAUUAAAACAAAAACACGAUGCAAUAAAAAGUUUGAGCAAUUUUUGUA